GUGAGGAGGGCGCAGUUUGAGCGAUGCGGGCGAAUAGAAUGUGACAGUGAUCAUAUUCAGAGUAAAGGGAAGCGAGGGAGCCGCAGCUGUGACUGUAUGAUACUAUUUUUUUUUACUUAUCUUUGCACAUCAAACGGAAGGAACAGCUUUCGACACUCACCUGAAACUGAAAACAAAUUUGCCGCGAUUUGUUGUCACUACAACGUUGCCUUUUGGACUACGCGGUUUGGUGUGGAUUGCAAUGCACGCAUGGUAAUACACAAAGUGAGACGAGGAGGGAGAUGUUUUGCAAUUAUUAAAAUUGUUGGAAAUUUACUGCAUGGGAAUGGAAUAUUGAAAGGUAACCUCUGACCAACGCAUUAAGGAUAUCGGAGAUAAGCGUCCUUUGUCUUAUGUGGAGAAUACCUCGAGGAAGAGGCACUUUGGACAGAGAUAAAACGAAUAUUUUGGAGUUGGCAUAACCAAGGGAUGGACAUGGGAUUAUCAAUUUAGUCUCAGAGGCUAGUACACAGCACACACCUUGAAUGUGCACAUAUUUUCAAGAAAAGACCAAUAAAACGAAGGACAACCCAGUGAAAGAUAUUAUUUUGUGUGUUAUUGAGAACUGACAGCACGCUACCUGGUAGAUAGGGUACAUCGCUCUACGUCCGUACCAGUGCGAAAACUACAUUCUUCGAAUUUAACUGCAUUUAAGAACUUUCUGAAUCAAUCUAAAUCGACCCGCCCGUCUCAUUGACAACUGAUGUGAACAUGCCUACGAAACUGUUUAGAAUAUCUCAAUAAAACCCCAGUUUCACUUCGCUACCGUGUGGCAUCGCUACUGUGUGUGUACCUUCACCAAGGCUUUGCAGUUUAACCAAGGACACGCGUGCAAAACGGAACACUUACAGUUCUUAGGAAAGUCGGAUUUCCAUUCACCGUCCGCUGCUCAUGUCUUCUGCUUGUUGGCGAAAGAAAUCAAACUACAUGUGGCGGUAAAUCCUCUGGGUUCACUUUGUGUCCGUCUCUUUUGAAACACAGAAUUACUGCGAAGAUCGGUCGCGUUACCGCUAAAAGCUCGGUGAUAAUGGCUGGAGCGGGUUGCUGUUGGAAAUAUUACCUCUGGAUUUUGAUUGCCAUGUGCAGAUCAGCGCUACCAGUUGCAAAAUCCCUGGAGUCGGUUAUUUGGAGCUCACAAAAUCCAAAGUUCCAGGCGGGGAAGGGCCUAGUGAUCUACCCAGAGAUCGGGGACAAGCUGGACAUUAUCUGCCCCAAGGCGGACGUGGGUCGGCCGUACGAGUACUACAAGCUGUACCUGGUGAAGAAGAACCAGGCUGAUGCCUGCAGUACCAUCAUGGACCCCAACGUGUUGGUCAACUGCAACAAGCCCGAGAAGGACAUCAAGUUCACCAUCAAAUUCCAGGAGUUCAGUCCGAACUACAUGGGUCUGGAGUUCAAGAAGAACAUCAACUACUACAUCACCUCUACAUCCAAUGGGACCCUAGAGGGGCUGGAGAACCGAGAGGGCGGAGUCUGCAACACCCUCACCAUGAAAAUCAUCAUGAAAGUUGGACAGGACCCAAAUGCAGUGGUUCACGAUCCAGUGGUUACAGAGGAUCCAGGAAACGGGAAGGACGAGUCUGUGAAAGCCCCCACCACCAGCCCUGCCAAGAAAGAGGGGCCUGUGGAGCCAGGGAACACAGAAUCCAUCAACGACAGGUCCGACAUUGGCGAGGGGAUCUUCAGCUCCAAGGCGGCCUUGUUCGCGGCCAUCGGGGCGGGCUGCGUCAUCUUCAUCAUCAUCAUCAUCCUCCUGAUCAUCCUGCUGAUCAAGAUCCGGAAGCGGGCUCGGAAGCACAGCCAGCCCCGGGCCCCGGCGCUCACGCUCAGCACGCUGGCCAGCCCCAAGGGCUCGGGGAACGCCGGGUCGGAGCCCAGCGACAUCAUCAUCCCUCUACGGACUACAGAGAACAACUACUGCCCCCAUUACGAGAAGGUGAGCGGGGACUACGGGCACCCCGUCUACAUCGUGCAGGAGAUGCCUCCUCAGAGCCCCGCCAACAUCUACUACAAAGUGUGAGGAAGAAGAAAUUCGAGAAAGAGAGAGAGAGAGAGCGUGUGUCGAUAGCUUAUUGGACGUUUGCUUUUUUAAAGGAAUUCUGGCCUACCUUUUUUUAACUACCUUGACCUUGUGGCUUGAGAGGACGCUUUCAGUGUUUAACACACAGAGACACCGAGAGAGAAAGUGUGGGGGAAACAGAGCAGAGGUUGUCAACAAACCAACCCGGAGGUCAACCUCUUGCUUCACCCCCCUCCCCCUCCCAGCACCUUUAUCCCCCAUGAACUUGUUUUUUUGGACACAAGGCACAGGUCCUCUCCCUCUUGUUUUCCACAGUUUCUCUGUUCUGUAUCACUCUUAGGAAAAAGGUGCCAUCUUAUUUUGGUCAGGUCUUUUGAUGCAGGACAGUGUCUGUAUGUGUAUGCAGUGCGUCAAUGAAGGGGGGUGCGGUGUAUUUGAAAAGUAACAAGGACCCCCCCACUUAAGCAGACUGAUGUGAGGGCUCCGUCGCCAAGGUGACCCUGUUGGGAGAUUGCUCAGGUAACCGGGGACGAUGCGAUGACAAACAGCUGAAGACCAUACUAUUUCACGUUGUGUUCACCACUCUACUUCCUCAUUGCAAGUUACCUUGUUCCCUUCUUCACAAAAUAGUUUCUUUGCUUGUAAGACAUUUAUUGUUGGUUGAUUGAUUGUUGUUGCUUUUUUUUCCUCCUCUUCUCAUGUUUACAGUAUACAAUAUAAUGGUAUAUUUUUCACUUCAUCUCAUUCGUUAGCAGUGGAGGUUUGUUACGUAGAAGGUCACGUAUUUAAGCAGACAAGUAUCUAAACAGAGGACAGGCUGUCUUCACUCGUCACGCAAACGCAAAUGUUAUUUUCCUUACGGCUGCAGGCAGAGCACGUCCACGCUUCGGGUAUUUCGAGCCGCCGCUGGCCGCUAGUCGCAGCCGUUUGAGUGGCUUUCUCGGUCACGCUCGCUCAGGAAUUUGACCGGUUAAAAUCUGAGGAGCCUCAAGGCGCUCGCAUGGCUUCCCGCAGAAAAGCCGGCAGGUGUUAUUAAUUAAAACAGCAAACGAUGGCGGGCUAUGAGGGGCGAACUCCAAAGCCACUGAAACGUAAAUAAAACCCGGGGCGGGGUCACGUGCGUCCCUGCACCGAAAUCGAUCCGCAAUUCCACACCUCUACCGCUGCCGACCCCAGGGGUCCUCCUGGUGGCAAGAAACAAUAACAAGAUCAAAUUUGUCCUGCAAAAACAACACCAGUGUGGAAGCAAUUAGGGUGUUAUCUGGGGAAAGACUAGCACAUUUAUUGGGCACGUUUCCUUGUUUGAGCUAUAGAAGGACAGGUCGACCUGGAACGGGACAAGAUGCAGUGGGAAUCGUUUAUGGUGGCUGGACAUUCAUUUACUCCCUGUUCUAUGGAAGCUGAUUGGCUAGGAAUGAUUCUCAUUGAUAUGUUGGAAGGUAUUGAGCUGGGCAAUCACACUCCCCCCACCCUCAGUAAGCCUGCGUCAGUGAUCAGCCAUGACCCAUACACAGCUGGAGGGGCUUGGGGGUUUGGGGGGGGGGGGGGUGUUUAAAAUUGUGCAACAUUCUUUAUUGGGUGUGUCUCCCUAAAAUACACUCAGGAGAAGAGCGUGCGAAGGUGAAACACUCCACAGACCUGCUUUAGCUCGGUUCUCAGCAGGUUCUUGGUGAUAGAUGUCAGAAAAAUGACAGAUAAUGGUCAAACCAUAUUCCUGAUGCAUUAAACAGUCAUGAGAGUACAAUUUCAAGUUGUAAAUCCAGAGUCAAGAAAUAAACAUAUGUUACUCAUAAUCCACCCUGCAACAAAUCUGUAUUGCUCUACUAUUAUUAAUCUCAAUAGUUUUAUUAUUAUUAUUAUUAUUAUUAUUAUUAUUAUUAUUAUUAUUAUGGACUACAUAGAUCAUGUAAAUGAAAUACAGACCAUUCAUUUCUUUACUACAAGGAGGUUGUUCAAAAGAAGAACUUUUAUACUACCAAAAUAUCCAAAUUUCUUGUGUAAACAUGAGUCUGUUUCACCUCAGGUUUGAUCUUAGGAAGCGCACAUGACCCCCCAGAAUCCUCUAUCAAUGUCAGCCUUCAUAACAUGACCUUCCAGUUUGCUGUUCUUUAUUUUUGCCCUUAUUUGACCAUCUUGUGUUUAUGGAAAAAUAGAAAGAUUAAAAGACUGACUGUUUCACUCUAGCUGUCACAUCUUUGUAAUGGCUGAGAAAUUGCAACCAUCUUUGCUUUUCCUGUCAGUGUCUGGCUUUUGAAAUCAAAUAAUGUGGUAGCUCUCACUAUAGAUGUUGCCCACAGCUUACCAAAUCUAUGAAGUAAGCCUGGAACGAGGCCUUCUGUGCCCUGGGUUUGAGCCAUUGUAGCCUGCCAUUACCUACGCCACUACCAAUUUACAUACUUACAGACUUUCAAAAAUUAGAUUCAAUUAACAAAGAGAAAACCUAGUGCUUACCUUGAAGAUACAUCAACAGUAUUCGCAAUGUGGGAAAGAAACAGCGCUUUGGAUCUGCUGUUUAGUUUGCCUGUUGGACUAGUGACAGUCGACCUACAUUUAUCUGCUUAUAAGGCUUCACCCAUCAUUUUUUUCAAAAUAUGGUAUCAAUUGGCCGUAUGUAUGCUACCACAAUGGAGGGUCUGUUUAUAGCACAUCUAGAUUGUUCUAGAAAUCUCUGGAAUAGAUUAUUCAGUGAAAGGCAGAUCACUCAACUGAAAAUGUACUGCACUGGCCUAGAUUAAAGUCAUUCAUAGUUUGAUUUGAUCUGCACGUUUUGGGUUUUCUCCCUCUAAAAUGCAUUCUGAAAUACUUGUAAUGGAAUACUGUGGCUUAAAGGUGAUUCAACAUGCAUUUCAUUUUUUUUUUUUUUUUUUUUUUGAGUGGUAUGUUGUUCAUCCCAUUGAUUACAAUCCAGCAAAAAAAACAAUUGAAAUGGUGUAAAUAUGUGGGGAAAAAGAUGAAUUUAAAAGCUGAAUUUAUUAGAACCCCUUUUAUGAAAAAAAUAUAAAAUUAGAUUUUUUUAAUGCAGAAUUUUUUGUAAAUAGCUGUCUUUUUAAAAAGGCAUUUUGUAUAAACUUUAAUUAUUUUCUUGUUUGAUUUUUUUGUUAAUAAAAAUAAAGAUAAGGAAAAAAAUCUCUGAGGCCGAGCGUCACACAUGAGCUGUCUAAAGUGCCAGGUAUCUUAACAGAACUGUACAUUAAAGUUCACAGCAUAUGAGAUUUUUGUUUGUUUACUUUCUUUUUUUAAUGUUAUUUACAUGGUUUCAGUGACACAACUUUUGUUGUGAGGAUGGGGGGCACAUGGGAAGAAAAGUUUGAGAGAAAAAAAACAUGUUUAUUCCAUUUUUCUGUGCGUUUGAUUAAACUGAGACACUUGUGGCACAGGGGAUUCUCUUGAUACGAGUGAAACCAUAGUAAAACUCUUAGAAGUGAAAAACCAGCUUAGAACACUUGUUGCCUUGGAAACGUAAACAGAAAGAGGGCUGCCAUGGUGGUAGCGGCCAUUUUAUUAUUUUCAUACCACUAUUUCAAAUGGGGGGCAAGUUUCUCCCCCCUUACCUUCGAGCUUGUGUAUUAUUUCUGCUGAUAUGUCACUGCUCUUUGAAGCUCUCUGGACCCUCUAGUUGCUCAUUUGUGGGGCCGCUGCCUAACAGCAGAGGUUGGCUCCAGUCGUCUCUUAUCGCAUUCCACAGUGGGACCAGACAUGCCAAGAUGGAGCUGACUCAGUGUCCUUCAGAUCCUACAAAGCUGGUGGCUUUGCCGAUUUAAAAAAAAUCCAGUUUGAAAGCGCUAUCUUGCACCAUGAUCAGCCCCUGAAGUUCGGCGGUGGACGACCUCUCGACCUCUAACAGAUUGCCACGGUGUUAUCGCAAGCUCGCUGUAACGAACAGUGCCAGCACCUGACUGCAGGGGAGAGAGACAGUCCUGUUGACGUGCUGUGAACCAGAAGACCCUCAGUGGCCACCUGAGGGUGGAAAUGUGGAGAUCCAAAAUGGCAGCUUGAAGUGAACUUUCAAUACAGAAAAUCUGCAUAACUGUACCACAUAUUUUUUACACCUCUUUGUGGUUACAUAGAGUGGUUCAAAUGAAGCUAAGAAGAAUGGCUUUAAAGCAUAAUUAAAGCCAAAUGAAAGCAUACCCCCUUCCCCCCAGUCCACUUCUGGUCUCCACAAUGCGCCUGUGUUAAUUAGAUUUUUCUUUAUGUCAGAAGACACAGUUUUAUGUUUGAUGUACCUGUAUACAAACCCAGUGGAUUUGUGUCUCUUUGUAUUUUGCUUCAUAAAUGUCUGUUCAUUUACUUUUGCCAUUCACAAUGCAGCUUUUCCCAAUUCAGCAUAACCAGUUUCUAUGGAAUCAGAGUUCCGUUGGCCACGUACGGGGACCUGAUAUUACAUAUUGAUAAAUACAUUUUUUUCCUAUGGAA